AUGACCGCCGAGGAAGUCUCAGAAAGCGACGUCCUCCUCGCUCGGCGCAUCAUCUCCGCCGCGGCGCGCCACGACGUAGCCGCUCUGGAGGUCCUUCUCAAAGGAGGGUCGGCGAAUGUGCAGGAUGCCACGGCGCCGGUGGCAUCGUCGCCACUGCACGCUGCAGUCGCGGCGUGUGGAGACGUCAACGCCGAGGGUGUGGGUGAGGGUGGGAAAGAGACUGCGGGCGACGACGACGCGGCGGUCAGGACGGUGGAGUUGUUGCUCGAGAACGGGGCCAUUUGGAACGAUCUGAACAGCCAGGAUGAGACGCCCGGGUGCAUUGCGCUACGGCUGGGCCAGAGGAGGAUCUACGAUAUGAUGGUGGACGCGGGUGUGAGGGCUGAGCUUCUGUUUUCUAAGAUGGCCAGCCUGGGGCUGGACGAGGACGAGGACGAGGCCGAGGGUGAUGAAGAUGAGGAUGAGGAUGAACACGAAGACGACGAUGGCAGCAACGACGGAGCGCCUGCGUCCAAGAGACAGAAACUCUCCAACGGGGCAACCCAAGCGGUCGAGGACCAAGCCGUCGAAGAGAAGAAAGUCCUCGACGACGUCUCGCUCGACAACCGCGCGUACCUGAAAAGCCAACUCCGGUACAAGCCCGGGAUCUUGCUCGACGAAUCCGACAACGCCGUGAUGAUGGACUGGGAGACGCAGAUCAUGCAGCGCCACGCCUCCUCCCUGAUCCCCGCUCCAGACCUCAAGGUCAUGAACGUCGGCCACGGCAUGGGCAUCGUCGACACGGCGAUCCAAACGCACCAUCCACGAGAACACCACAUCGUCGAGGCGCAUCCGCAGGUUCUCCAGCGGCUGCGCGACCAGGGGUGGUACGAGAGGCCCAACGUCACCAUCCACGAAGGCAGGUGGCAGGAUGUCCUCCCCGGCUUGGUCGAGAAGGGUACCCUGCAGCUCGACGCGAUUUACUACGACACCUUUGCCGAAGACUACGCCGCUCUGCGCGAGUUUUUCUCCGAAUAUGUCGUCCAACUUCUAAGUCCCCAGGGUAGAUUCGGGUGGUACAACGGACUCGGCGCGGAUCGGCAGAUUUGCUACGACGUCUACACCAAGGUUGCAGAAAUCGAUCUCCGCCAAGCUGGAUUCGACACCGCGUGGGAAGACAUCGCCGUCCCCGCCGGCCUCCACGGCAGUAAGGCAUGGGAAGGGACGAGGAGGCCGUACUGGACCAUCGACGUCUAUCGAUUGCCCGUGAACACAUUCGCCAAGUGA